CACCUGCCACUGCAGUAACAUCUCCUCAUCCUGCAGCUUCUCCUGAGAAUUAAAGGUGGUUGUAUUUGGUGCAAAUCUUCUUCAAGUUAUCCUCAAGUCUUUCAGUCCAAUCCUUUCAGAAGGACAGGUAUCUGUAUCUCGUGCUGAAGCCCCGCAGCAGAUUCAGACGAAGGUCAUAAUGGGCUCGAGCUCCUCGUCCUACGCCCCUAAAACUGUCUACCUGGACGUAGAUGGUAAAGUUCAGAGGGUCAUUUUCAGUCGCCACUGCAGUCCGUGUGACAUUAAAGAGCUCCUCUGCACAUCGUCCAACAUUGCCAGAAACUCAGCGAUACUUCUGGUGGACACAGAAGGAGCGCUCAUAUCCAUCGACCCCACCAUGCCUACGAACUCCCCCAAUAACCUGUAUAAGGUAGUCCCCCACUCCGGUCAGGGAGGAGAGAAAGAAGACAUGUUCCAGAACGUUCUCUCACAAGUGGCUGAGCAGUUCAGUCGGGCUUUCAGGAUAAACGAGCUGAAGACUGAGGUGACCAACAGAUUGGCCAUGCUGGAGAAGAGAGUCGAACUGGAGGGGCUGAAAGUGGUGGAGAUUGAGAAAUGUAAGAAUGAUCUGAAGAAACUAAGGGAUGAGAUGACCUCUAGAGGCGGAGCAAGGGUGAACUGCAACUGCAAAUACAAUUUCACAGACGAUGGAAAGAAGCUCUCUCCAAGACGUGAUGUCCCAAGUUAUCCAAAGUACACACUUUCCCAGGAGACUAUAGAAGCUCUAAAGAAGCCCACCUUUGAUGUAUGGCACUGGGAACACAAUGAGAUGCUAAGCUGUUUGGAGUACAUGUAUCAUGACCUGGGGCUGGUUAAGGAGUUCAACAUGAACCCCAUCACACUGAAAAGAUGGCUGCUGGCGAUUCAGGAAAAUUACCGUGAGAACCCAUUCCACAACUUCCGCCACUGCUUCUGCGUGAGCCAGAUGAUGUAUGGAAUGAUUCACCUCUGCAACCUCCAGGAGAAGCUGACUAUGACAGACAUGUGCAUUCUAAUGACAGCAGCUGUGUGCCAUGAUCUGGACCAUCCAGGAUAUAACAACACGUAUCAGAUUAAUGCUCGGACAGAGCUGGCUGUCCGCUAUAACGACAUUUCCCCCUUGGAGAACCACCACUGUGCCGUGGCCUUCCAAAUCCUCGCCAUGCCUGAGUGCAACAUCUUUGCCAACAUCGAACCCGAGUCCUUCAAACAGGUCCGACAGGCAAUCAUUACUCUCAUUUUAGCCACUGACAUGGCCAGACAUGGAGAGAUAUUAGACUCCUUCAGACAGAAAGUGGACAACUUUGACUUCACCAACGAGGAGCAUGUCAAAUGCCUGAAGAUGGUCUUGAUCAAGUGCUGCGACAUCUCCAACGAGGUCAGGCCUACGGAGGUGGCCGAGCCGUGGGUGGACUGUCUGCUGGAGGAGUAUUUCAUGCAGAGUGACAGAGAGAAGUCAGAAGGUCUUCCUGUUGCCCCGUUCAUGGACCGGGACAAAGUGACUAAGCCAACUGCACAAAUUGGCUUCAUCAAGUUUGUCCUCAUCCCCAUGUUUGAAACAGUCAUGAAGCUCUUCCCUCAGAUUGAGGAGAUCAUGGUGCAGCCAUUGCGAGAUUCUCGGGACCACUACGAAGAACUGAAGCAGAUAGAUGAUGCCUUGUCAGAGGCCCAGAAGAAGAAAACGGAGAGCAUGUCAUUAGGAGGAAAGAAGAAAUAGACUUAGCCUCCGUCUUCCAUGGUAACAAAAAAGUAAGUUUC